AUGGUAGCCAGGGACUCUUUAGGCGGCUUUCCCAUGGCCGGACCAAGACGACCCGAAGCUCCUCCCGCGAAUCGCGCCCGGACAGCAACACCCAAUGCCCUGCCCGUCGCUCCCCAAAGAAAUGCGCCGGCACCAACAGGCCCGGGGCCUGUGAUCCCGCUUCACGUUAUCGAUGCGCCCACACAGCGCCUCUAUGCUGUGGCCAUAUACGCGGCUCUUUUUGCGUGGAAGCUGUACGACUGGACCCAAGUGGUGGAAGAAAACACCGAGUCUUUCUGGUUGUUCCUCAAGUGGAUCGCCCUAGACCUCAUCUUCCUCUUCGGCCUGCCAGAGCUUAGGAUACCAUGGCUGGAACUAUCACAGUCUUUCGUCGUUUUCGCCUUUGUGGCUCACGCUCUGGUUGACUGGAUGCUCAUGUUCAACAUCGGCCUCCCAUGGCAAACAUGGCUGUUCGGAUUUGUCAAAGUCUUCUACGACCGAGAGCUUGCGAUUACCGAGCACCAAGUCAAGGUGUCUAGCAUCCUCUACAACCACUCUCUCCUCAUGGGUAGGCAGAUCAUCAAUAUUCUUCCAGAAGGUUCCGUGGUGCUCAACCCCGAAAACACCCCGUACUGCAUCGGAGGGGACACCAAGUUUGCCUCGAUCCCUCUGUUCUUCAACGCGACGACUCCCAUCGAUGUCGAGAUCAUCCGUACCGACCUCGAAACCAACGAACACGAAGUCCUCAAGUUGACCAGAAGCCAGCUCAAGGAAAUCAAGAAUGAGGUCAAGAGGAACGCCGAUGAUGAGAUCUUCACUGUUAAGUACAACUUUCCCGUCAAGAAGCCCGGUGCCUACCGGUUGGGCAAGGCUCUUGACGAGUAUAAGCUCGAAGUCCAUCGCAGGACUCCCUUGACCUUUGUGGUUCCCUGCCCUCGCGCUAGCGUGGGGGUAGUCCCUUCGCCAAACCGUUGUAUCGGCGAUUUGUCUGAUCUCAGCCUCUUGGUUGAUGGCACGCCGCCACUGAAGGUCAUCUAUAGCCGCACCAUCAACGGCAAGGACCACAGCUUCAAUGUCCAGAGCUUGCAGCCGGAGGGCUUCUCCUCUCCGCUCCUCGGUGCUUCGCGCAGUCUUGAGAGACUCGUAGAGGAUGAUGAUGUCUCCUGGGCUCGUGCCCAGCGGGUUCCCGUUAGCCUCAAUGAAUCCAUGAACGCUGGCGGAGCUUGGCAGUAUUCCGUCGAUGAGGUCCAUGAUGCGUUCGGUAACGUUGUUAGGUACACCGGCCAUGCCGACGACUUGGAUCCCAAGACAAAGCCAAAGCAUUUGGUGCAUAAUCUCUAUGUCAAGGAGCGACCGCGCGUUCGUCUCGAAGGGUGCGAUGUGAGAAACCCACUCAAGGUUGCUAGGGGCGGUUCCAAGGAUCUUCCCGUCAGAUAUGAGCUUCCUGGGCCCGUACCUGACGACACUACACAUACCAUCAACUGGCAGUUCUCGCCGAUUGAUACCCUUACCAAGAGCGGUGACCAUGGUGAUGUCGUUUCUAUGGGUACCUACGACGCUAAGAAUGCCAGGGACCGGCCCAGACUCACUACACCCGGCUUGUAUACUAUCAAGUCGGUUGUUGCCGGCCAAUGCGAGGGAGAGGUUCAGGAGCCGUCUUCUUGCUUGCUACUGAACCCUCUUGAGCCCAAGCUUACGCUUCGCUCAGAUGAGAUUCCCGAUACUUGCGCUGGAAACUCCAUUGGAUUGCGCGUUGACAUGGACCUCAUUGGUACCCCGCCCUUCAACGUCAGAUACGAGGUCAUUUCCAAUGGGCAGCGUUCGGUCGAGCGUAUCAAGGUUAAUGGCCUGCGCUUCCAGCAAGAGCUCAUUCCUAGAAUCGCCGGCCAUCACAAGUAUGUGUUCACCCACAUUGGCGACGCCAUCUACGAACCUCAAAAGCUCAGUGGGCCCGAGUAUAUGCUCGAACAAGAUGUCAAGCCCGCAGCUUCUGCCAACAUCAUGCACAGCACUGGUAAUAUGGCCGCUUGUCUUAACGACGAUGUCUCGGUGGAUGUGUUGCUUCAGGGCGACGCACCAUUUACGCUGGAAUGGGAGGUUAUCCAUGACGGCAAGAGAAAGCAGCACAAGGUCAAAGAUAUCCAGACGAACAAGUAUCAGAUCAAGACGGGCUCCCUUGCUAAGGGCGGCGAGUACACCCUGGCGUUGACAAGCGUCCAGGACAAGAGAGCGUGCCGUAACUUCUUGCAGGACGAGGUCAAGAUCUCGGUGCGCCGCCAGAACCCCAGGGCAGCGUUUGGUCUUAUCGAUGCCAAGCGCAGGACAAUGGCAGUCGAGGGCUCCACGGUCAAGCUACCGCUUCGCCUCACUGGAGAGGGCCCAUGGAAGGUUUUCUACAGCAAUGUUAAUGACACCUCGACAAACGCCCCCAGGGUUCUGGAAAAGACGAUCAAGAACGACAAUGAUUUCCUCGAUGUUCGCACCAAGGGCAUCUUCCAGAUCACGGAUGUUUGGGAUCGUCAGUGCCACGGCAUUGUUGAUCCGAAGGCAUCAUCUUUCGAAGUCAACUGGUUCGCUCGUCCAGAGCUCGCCAUUGUCCAAUCUGCGCACGUUCAACCUGAGGGCACCAACAGCUUUGUUGUGAGCGAUGUCUGUGAGGGUGACGUGUCUGGAUUUGAAGUUGCACUCAAAGGAACACCUCCCUUCCAUGUCGAGUACCAGAUCCGCCACCAGCCUGCGUCUGGGCCAGCUUCCAUCAGUAGGAAAGACUUCGAAGCUGCCCUCGGCAAGGGUUCUGUCUCGGCAGAUACCUCCAGGGCGGGCCAAUACACGUACACGUUCAACUCGCUAUCGGACAACCUCUACAACAAUGACCGGACUUUCAAGUCCGUCAUUGUUAAGCAGAAGGUUAAUCAAAAACCCACUGCUGCCUUCGUUAAGCCCGGACAGACCUUCAAGUACUGCAAGACAGACCAAGGCGAAUCUGAGUCGAUCCCCAUUGCUCUCAACGGCGUCCCGCCUUUCAACCUAGAGUUCGAAAUCAGACACCAAAGCAGCCCAAUUCCGGAAGUGUACCGUACACCUGCUAUCAACUCGAACUCGUACGAGAUCCAGAUCCCGCGUCACCAGCUGCGUCUCGGAACCCAAACGAUUCGCAUCCGCAGCGUUCGCGAUGGCAGCGGCUGCCAUUCUAUCUCCGAUUACACUUCCGCCCACAGAGACACUCCCGAUGGCAAGGCCCACUCGGUUCAGAUCCAGCUCUUCGAGGCGCCCACCAUCUAUCCUCUCGAGACUCGCACCGACUACUGCGUCGGCGAACGUCUCGGGUACUCCCUUGCUGGUGCCACCCCCUUCGAAGUUUGGUAUACCUUCAACGGCGAGGAGUCCAGGGCCAAAUCUCCCACCACGACUUUCCGCCGUAUCGCCGAGCACCCCGGUGAGUUUACGAUUACCUCGGUUAGUGACCGGGCAUCCGAGUGUCGCGCUCCCGUCAACUUCUCCAAGACGAUUCACCCUCUCCCCGCGGCCCGUAUCUCCAAGGGCAAGCAGGUGCAGACCGACAUUCACGAGGGCGGUGAGGUCGAGCUCCAUUUCGAGUUCUACGGUACUCCGCCGUUCGAGUUCACGUACACUCGCAGCACCAACCCCAAGAAGAAGGGCGAGCGCGCGACGGUCCUGGAGACGAAGCACGAGAUCAGCGACGAGUAUAGCAAGGUCAUUAAGGCCAGCCAGGAGGGUGCGUACGAGGUCGUGGCCAUUAAGGAUCGUUUCUGCGCGUUUUCCACGCAGAUGCUUGGGGUGGAGUAUGUGGAGGGUAAAGAUGGUCGUUUGUUGAAGUACCAAUGA